AUGGUUGUUGAAAUUUUUUCAGAAAGUUGUGGUGUUGUUUCAAUGAGUCCAAGAAUUUCAUUCUCACAUGAUUUCUCUCAAAAGGGUCCAAUACCAAUUGAAAAACACCCUUUAAGAUCAAAAUCAUCUAAUUCAAAUUCAAGCAUUGAUUUUGAUUUUUGUGUCAAUGAAAAUUCAGAACAUGAAUCAUCUUCAGCUGAUGAGCUUUUUUCUCAUGGUAUCAUUCUUCCUACACAAAUCAAGAAGAAGGCAAAAAAUGUUCCAUUGAAGCAAACAACAAUUCAACCAACAAAACCUCAACACUCUGCAUUACCACCACUCUAUGCAAAUGGAACCAAAAUCUCAAAGAAAAUGAUCACAAAAGAUGUGAAAGAUUUGAGCAUUGAUGAAGAGGAUGAAAAGCAUGGUUCAAGUAAGUCAUUUUGGGGAUUUAAGAGAAGUAGUAGUUGUGGAAGUGGAUAUGGUAGAAGUUUAUGUCCUUUGCCACUUAUUUCUAGAAGCCAUUCAACUGGCUCUUCAAAGAAAAACUCUUCAACUUCAAGAUCAUCUUAUUCUUUUGGUUCAAACAAUCAUCAAAAGGCUCAAGUUAAGAGAUGCCAUGGUGGAGCUUAUGGUAAUAAUAGUGUUAGGGUUAAUCCUCUUUUGAAUGUUCCUUGUUCAAAUCUCUUUGGUUUUGGUUCAAUUUUUUCCAAAGUUAGGAGUAAGAAGAAAUAA